AGACCAUGAGCACCUACCUCUCGACGAGAAAGAAGCAACUUUUUGCUGUGGAUGUGCGAUUCGUCUCUGAUUGGAUUGUGAUCGUGUUCAGCAUCUUCAUUGUUGGCUUCUUCAUCUUGAUCCAGCAGAGCAUCUGGGACCUGGCAGCCUUGGUCCAAGAGAUGCCGGAAUACUCGCCGUCCGCCAGCGCCAGCGAGAUGGAGACCCACGAGCGGAGCUGGACGCUGAUCCUGGACCGGGUGGAUGAAGCCGCCUUUUUCUUCGACUACUUCAGGGUUGCAUUGUUUUGGUACACCUUAGUCAUUGCCACCCAGUUCUCGAAGAUCUUUGCGGGGCAGCCCAAGUUGGCGCAGUUGAUGUCAGCUUUCACUCAUGCCUCGGAGGACCUGCUCCAUUUCUGCUUGCUCUUCCUGGUCUUAUUUCUUAGCUUCGCCAUUGGCGGAUUUAUGAUUUGGGGAAUGAUCAUGGAGGAAUGGUCAACUCCCGGAAAGGCGGUGAAUAGCACCCUGAGAGCCUUGAUGGGUGAAGUGAAACUGGAGGAGAUGUACAGCUACGCUCCCUUCGGGACAUUGGUGUGGUACGGAUCCUUCUUCGUGUCCAUCGUGGUCAUCACCCUGAACCUCUUGGUUGCGAUGGUUUACGACCACUACACCAUUAUCAAGGGCCGUGCGGGCUCUGUAGCUGGCGUGGUUGAGCAGCUCUACUGGGUUUCUCAGGACCCGUUGCGUGGCCAU